AUGGUUCCUCCUGGGCCACCUACGCCUCUUGGUGGUGCCCAGUCUGUGCCGUCACUUUUGAGAUCGAAUUCCGGAAUGUUGGGGGGUCAAGGGGGCCCUGUGCCUUCACAAACUUCGUUCCCUUCGCUGGUUGCGCAGCGAAAUCAGUUUAACAACAUGAACAUGCUAGGUAAUAUGUCUAAUGUAACUUCCUUACUGAAUCAGUCUUUUCCCAAUGGAAUUCCAAAUUCUGGGUUGGCUGGCCAUGGGAGCAGCCAGCGUGGUGGAGGCGUUGAUGCUGGGGCGGAAUCGGAUCCGCUGUCUGGUGUUGGCAGUGGAAUGAAUUUUGCCAAUACUUUGCAAUCGAAUUUGGGGAACCCGGGUUCAUCUGGUCAAGGUCAGGGUCAGCAAUUUUCAAAUGCUUCUGGUAACCAGAUGUUGCCAGAUCAACAGCACUCCCAGCAACUCGAACCUCAGAGUUUUCAGCAUAGUCAGCAGUCAAUGCAACAGUUCUCUGCUCCUCUUAACGCUCAGCAGCAACAGCAGCAUUUUCAGUCAAUUCGAGGUGGAAUGGGUGGUGUUGGAUCGGUUAAGUUGGAGCCGCAGUUAAACAACGAUCAGUUUGGGCAGCAACAACAAUUGCCCUCAAGGAAUCUUGCUCAGGUGAAGUUGGAACCACAACAACUUCAAACAAUGAGAAACAUGGCAGCUGUAAAAAUGGAGCCUCAACAUGAUCAGCAAUUUUUGCAGCAGCAACAGCAUCAACAACAACAGCAACAACUUCUCCACAUGUCAAGACAAUCCUCUCAGGCUGCUGCUGCACAGAUGAAUCAUCUUUUGCAGCAGCAGAGACUUUUGCAAUAUCAGCAACACCAUCAGCAGCAACAGCAGCAACUCUUGAAGGCAAUGCCUCAACAACGGCCCCAUCUACCACAGCAAUUUCAACAGCAGAAUAUCCGGUCUCCUGUGAAACCACCAUAUGAACCUGGAAUGUGUGCUAGACGGCUGACACAUUACAUGUAUCAGCAACAACGUAGACCUGAAGAUAAUAACAUCGAAUUCUGGAGGAAGUUUGUUGCUGAGUAUUUUGCUCCGAACGCCAAAAAGAAGUGGUGUGUUUCCAUGUAUGGAAGUGGCAGACAGACUACUGGAGUUUUCCCUCAGGAUGUAUGGCAUUGUGAAAUAUGUAAUCGCAAACCUGGCCGUGGGUUUGAAGCAACUGCUGAGGUUCUUCCCAGGCUUUUCAAAAUAAAGUACGAAAGUGGUACAUUGGAAGAGCUCCUUUAUGUUGACAUGCCUCGUGAAUAUCACAAUUCAUCUGGCCAGAUUGUUCUGGAUUAUGCGAAAGCAAUACAAGAAAGCGUUUUUGAGCAACUUCGCAUUGUUCGAGAUGGUCAACUGCGAAUAGUUUUCUCUCCAGACCUAAAGAUAUGCUCUUGGGAAUUUUGUGCUCGGCGUCAUGAAGAGCUCAUUCCCAGAAGAUUGUUGAUACCUCAGUCUGUUAGUGUUGUUGAUAUUAAGAAAUUGGAAUGUGUAAUGUUUGUUGCAUCAGCCCGUCAGUUGGCAAAAGCUUUGGAAGUUCCAUUGGUCAAUGAUUUAGGAUAUACAAAGAGAUAUGUGCGGUGCCUUCAGAUAUCAGAAGUGGUAAAUAGUAUGAAAGACUUGAUAGAUUAUAGCAGAGAAACAAAGACUGGACCCAUGGGCACUGCAAUGAAGGGAGAUAUCCCUUGGAGCUGUGGGGAUCUGUUCAUUAAAAUGAUUGCAAUAUGUCAGCGGGGCCAGUGGGUCAAAUAUGCUUUGGUUCUUGUAUAUUCUAGCAAAGUGCGAUCAGGAGAACAUCUACACCUUGGUGCUCAUAAGUUGGUCAAUAUUAUGCUAGAGUCAGAGAAGCUGGGUGUCUAUCCCCUACUCCAAAGUAUCAAUGUUGCUGUUGGGGUGAUGCAGACAAAGGAUUAUAAUUACAAAUAG